UUACGCGGCGCGGAGCGGGCUGCGCGUUUGGGCCUGGCUCGGCUCCCGUCCCCCUGGGCAGGUGCUGGCGCCGGCUGCAGCCAUGGACCUGGGGCCCCUAAGGAAAAGCUACCGGGGGGACAAGGAGGCAUUUGAGGAGAAACAUCUCGCCUCCUUUGACCCGAUUAAGCAGUUUGCCGUGUGGUUUGAAGAGGCCAUGCAGUGCCCCUCGAUUGGCGAAGCCAAUGCUAUGUGCCUGGCCACCUGUACCAGGGAUGGGAGGCCCUCUGCCCGCAUGGUGCUCCUGAAGGGGUUUAGCCACAAUGGCUUUCGAUUCUUCACUAACCACGAGAGCCGGAAAGGAAAGGAGCUGGACUCCAAUCCUUUUGCCUCAGUCGUCUUUUACUGGGAGCCCCUUAAUCGCCAGGUGCGUCUCGAGGGCUCUGUGGAGAGACUCCCGGAGGAGGAAUCGGAGCACUACUUCCACUCCCGGCCCCGAAGCAGCCAGAUCGGGGCGGUUGUGAGUCGCCAGAGCACCGUGAUUCCCGACAGGGAGUAUUUAAGGAAGAAGAACACAGAGCUGGAAGAGCUGUACCGGGAGGGAACCGUGCCAAAGCCUGCGUACUGGGGGGGAUACAUCCUGAAACCAGACGUUGUGGAGUUCUGGCAGGGCCAAACCAACCGCUUACAUGACCGCAUCGUCUUCCGGCGCCUCCGGGACGCCGCUGCCCCCACGGGACUCAUGACACACAAGGGAGAGGGGAACUGGGUGUAUGAGAGGCUUGCCCCUUGAAGGCCAAGAGCGAGAUCAUUUCACACAGGGACCUGGGAUAUUUUCAAUACCCUUCUGCCCCCACCCCCCUACCCAGGAGCUGCGGAGGAUGGGGUACGGCCCCCUUGCUCCUGCACUUCACAGGGCAACUGUCUUAACUUUUACAAAACCAGGCAAUAUUUGGGGGUGCUCAGAGGUGCCAGAUUGGCAGCCCUGGAGACUGAAGCCCUCCAUCUAUCCCAGUGGGAGCUUCCCCUGCCAAGGCGUGUCUGCCCCGAUGUAAAGGGGCAACUCUAGGCCUGGGGUCAGUUCAGUCUCCAUAGCUCAUCUGAUCCUGGGCAUCUCUGCUGAACCGGCUGAUGAAGCAUGUGUCUAUGGGGGCAGUUAGUGCCAACUGUGUCAUGUGGAUGCUGCUUCACAGGGAAUUGAGCUGAGACCCGCCAAACUCAUUUCACAGAGAGGCCAUUGGCUAGUGAGUCUCUCGGACCUCUUGUUGGUUAUCUGGACCACCUACCAAGGGGGUGGCUGAGACAAAACCACAGGCAGGCUGGCUCUCCUGGACAGCCUCCCUGUAAGUGCCUCCUGCCUGAGGGCCCCCCUGUUUUAACCUGCCAGUCCUCAAGCGCCAACGUGACAUGGGGAGCAGACGUGUUGUGUGCUCGUUAGCUGUAAUUGGGUGUUUAAUUUUGUCCAGUGCUGCUUUGAGUGCAAUAACGUAACCGAUUCUGGAUGCAGACAGAGCAAUCAUGUUGUUGGUAAUGUCUGUGGCUGUGAUAUCUGUAUAAUCUCUCUGUAUAAGGAUGUUCUCCUGCCAGACUCCAGCCUGGGGGCGGUGCCUCCGGGCUUAGAGCUGCUUUUAUCAGUGCUGGUGUGUAAAGUCUCCCUAAAUGUAUAAACUCACAAAUAAAGUCCAAGCUGACGAGUGGCGCUGGAAGG